UCCUCCUGAGGGCUCGACGGAGAAGGGCAGAGCUCCAGCUUCUCCGGGAAGAGCAGAAUGGCUGAGAGGUACGUGAUGAGCAGAAUCAGGGAUGACAGAGUGACUGUGUUCAUUAAGAGGGGCUGCCCUUACAGCAGGAAUGCCAUGGAGAUGCUCAAGGGAUACAACUUCAUUCCUGGGUCUCUGCAAGAGUUUGAUAUUACGGGGUUGGACGACGUCCAGGAUUACUUCCAGCGUACCACAGGGCAAAGAACGGUCCCACGCGUGUUCAUCGGGAGACGCUGCAUCGGGGGGUUUUCCGACCUGGAGAGGCUGAGGCAGAACCUCCCCACGAUGCUGCGGCAGAUCGGCGCCCUGAAGUAGCCACAGGGAGAAGGAUGACCACGAGCCAUGAAAGUCUCCUUUGACGCUCUUGGAAGUUCGAGGAAGUUCUUCCUUGCCACUUCCUUCUGAGGGAUCAAAAGUGCCUUUCCUUUCCCUGAUUGGUGCUUCAGUACGUUAACAUCUCUCCAUCCUUUCUGUAGCUCCAGAAAGAGGUCCAGAACAUGACCCAAUAAA